AUGGGAGACUUCCUGGAGAAGUCCGGCGUCACCGGCGACCCUCCGACGUUCGUCCGCGGGAAGAAGCAGUACGCGUGCGACUUGUGCGGUCGUUCCUUCUCCGACCCCUCCAACCUGAGGCGCCACAAACACAUCCACGCGGACCUGAGGCCCUACGGUUGUGAGGAGUGCGGCGGCCGCUUCCGGCAGAAGUCCCAGCUGGACCGCCACCGCUUGGUGCACACGGGGGAGCGACCCUUCCAGUGCCCCCACUGCAUGAAGGGGUUCCGCGACUCCACCGAGCUGAGGGUCCACCUUCGGGUCCACACGGGAGAGCGACCUUACAGCUGCCCGGUGUGCGGGAAGAGCUUCUCCCGCAUUUGUUACAUGAAGCGCCACCAGCUUGGACCUUCCGGCCAAAAACUCUACGAGUGCGCCGAGUGCAAGAAGUGCUUCAACAACUCCUCCAACCUGAGGAAGCACGCCGUCAUCCACACCGGCCUCAAGCCCUUCACCUGCCACCUGUGCAACCAAAGCUUCCGGCAAGCCACCCACCUCCAGCGCCACCGCUUGGUCCACACGGGUGAAAAGCCCUUCAAAUGCUCCAUCUGCCUCAAGGGUUUCCGAGACGCCAGCGAGCUGCUGAAGCACCGGCGCGUUCACAAGGGGGACCCACCCUACCCGUGCCGCCUUUUCCAGAAGAGCUUCAAUGCCAAGCUGGGCCGGGCCCGGCGCGCCGAGAGGGACGUACGAAGGGGAAAAUCGUUCAGCCGCUCGAAGUGCGGUACGACUUACUCGCAGAUUCGUUACCUGGAGUCCCACCAGAAGAUCCACGAGCAAGAGAUACCGAGUGACGUCAACGAAGGCAACUCGAUUGAAGUGGUUUUGGUCUAA